CUCAUCAAACCAGUCCCGGGACUCUGCCACCCGCUCAAACAAAGAAAACAACAGCAAAAAAGAGAAGAAAGGAAGAGACAGUCAUGUUGAUGUGAACAUGAGAGAAACACUUGGUGGAGCUGAAACAUGAUCCUGGUCCAUCAUUUGUACUCGUUCACCUCAGCUGACACAUUCAACAGCAGACAGGUUUUUGUACCAGUCUGUUUCACUGUGAGAGGAAAGUACUACUACAUCUUUGGCUCUGGAACUAAACUGUAUGUAACAGAUGAGCCGGUAGUGAAGCCCGUGGUGAGCGUGUACCCAGCAGCAUCCAGAGCCCACCUGGAGGGGAAGAGCUCCCUGCUGUGUCUGGCCUCAGACAUGUCUCCUCCUCUGGUCCAGUUCUCCUGGAAAAGACAGAAGCAGGAUGGUCCUCUGGAGGAGCUGCCCCCUGCUGAGGGAGAGCAGCUGGAGCUCAGAGGGUCGGGUCGCGCCGCCGCCAUCAGGGUGGUUGACCGGGACGCUUUCUACACAUAUAAAUACCGCUGCUACGUCAGGCACGAGGGGGGCACAGUGGCGGCCCAGACAGAACAAGUGGUUCCCCUGGAUCCUCUCCAGCCUCAGUGCAGGGUGAAGCUGCUCUGUCUGCUGUACACAGCGCUGAUAGUGAAGAGUCUGGUGUACUGCUGUGGACUCUCUCUGAUCAGGAUCCUCAGAAACAAGGGACCAUCCACCAGUGGCACACAUGCCGACUGACUGUUUUCUGCUUUUCUGCCUUUUCUCACCAUCAGUUCAUCUCAUUCAUCACGUAGAAGGACUGUUUUCAUUCACAUGUUAGAUACAGUCAGUCUAAAAAUAAUAAAUACAUAUGUCAUAUACAUAUAUUAGCAGUUACUAAGUUUAAAUUGUGUACUAUAGUGUCAUUGUAAUACUCUAUAUCCACUUUGGGACAAUAGGGACUCGUACAUUCAUAGGAAAUUAAGCUGAAUCAUUAGGUGUCUGGUAAAUAUUCUGUUGUUGUUAGUAUUUUUUCGGUUCUUAUGUUUGUUUUUUUUAAUACUUUCUGCAGAGUGUGGCCAGUUUGCCAA